AUGCCAGAGUUAAGGGUGGACCGUAGUCCAAUGGCAAGAUUUUUCAUUGCUGGUCGCGCGCUCUACACAGGCCUGGGCCAAGGAAUGCGUGGUCGACUACGACCCAACGUUGGGUCUAUGGAUCCAAUUGUCAAAGAGUCAUGGGUUUCCUCAGGACAAUCGAUGAAUGAGUUGAGUGUUGAUAUAAACAAUGUGAUCAAUGCUGGCGUGCAAUGCGAGUGCAUUGACGAACACACAGGCCAACCAUCUAGCAGUCGUGCAAUGUCCGAUUGUGGUGUACAAACACACACUCGUAUACAAGAUGAUCCCGCCAUGGACGACUCCGUCGUUGGUUCACCUCAGCCCGUUCUUCAUGUUCCUGGCCCUUACCAACCCACUCAUGUAGCCCCCAUAGAUACAGAGUGCGGUUAUUCAAGUUCACAGCACCAUGAAGAAGACUUCAAUGAAUGUCAUAUUGUAUGCGAUGAUACUGGAUACUUUUUGUCGCCAGAAAAUCGCAGCGAUCAUUCUGGUGACAUAUCCAACAAUGUGUCAGCUCAUCUGGAAGCAUCGAUUACUACAAAUGCAGAUGUCUCUCAUACAUCGAGCUCAUCUCAUGAUUCAAGUCUAAUAAUGGACUUCAAUCCAUUGCAUGAAUGGCAUCAGUCGAGAUUGCGUCAGGCGAAGCAAUCUCGCACAACCACAACCCCUGCAGUCACCCUACAAAGACAGGGCCCAUUGAAGCGUGGACGGCCAGUCGUAUUCGCUACACAACGGCCAGUACUUAAAGGGAAGGCAAAUGCAUCCUCUCACCCGGUGGAAUCUCUAAAGUACACCAUUCAAGACAUGGUUCGCGAGUCUCAAAUGGGUGCUCAAUCUGUCAUGCCUUUUAUGACGUCCUUUCUCAUGGACCCACACGGGCUGAAUUUCUUCCGAUUAACGAUUAAAACCAAUCACGAUAUGUGGUUGGCUAUCGUUCGACAUCUGGCAAUCCUCCGUCGCAGUGAACGCUUGUCACAGGCUAUGAGUACCAAGGCAGCAUCACUAAUGUCAAUUGACAUAUGGCUCAAGGAUAUUGCGAUUGAGUGCGAAGCACUUAACAGUCAGACCGCAGACACAGUGCUUUCCCCAUUUGUAGGCAGACCUUCUGUCCAAGAUGGUGCUAUGCUAAGUUUUGGAUGA